CAGUUAGCUUCAGGUAGUAAAGAGAUGCAUCAUUAAAAUGGCACCAUUUCUUUUUUCCUACCUUCAGUUGGCGUGUUAUGACCAGGCCAAGCAGCUGGUGCUGGGCACAGGCAUGAUGGGGGAUAACAUACUCACACACUUUCUCUCCAGCUUCAUCGCUGGAGGUUGUGCUACAUUGUUGUGUCAGCCUCUGGACGUACUAAAGACGAGGCUCAUGAGCUCGAAGGGCGAGUACACAGGGGUGAGGCAUUGCUUACAAGAAACUGCCAAGCUUGGUCCCAUGGCAUUUUACAAGGUAAGACAACAAUACUACAGAAUAUAAGAACACACCACUCGUUGUUUAGU